GAGGGGAGGGGAGAGACGCUUCACAACACAAUACAGCUGCAGCUGCAACAGCAACGCCCAACGCUGCGCAGCGCAUUCAUUCAUCAUUCAUUAUUCAUUAUUCAUUAUUCAUCAUUCAUCAUUCUUCAUUCUUCAUUCUUCAUUCUUCUUCACCAUCCAUUCAUCCCUCCUUCCUUCAUCUCUGCGGACCUGCAUCUCUCUCUCUCUGGUUGAGUUCCCGCACAAGGCAAGAGGCUAUCUGAGCGGGCACUGAAAAGUGCAGUGCGGUGCGGUGCGGGUGGGUGGGUGAUCUGUUUCCAAAUAUCUCUCUCCUACCGUCCACCCCCUCACUCCUAAACCUUCCUUCAAUCCUUCUCUCCCGGCCCUCUCUCUCUCUCUAAACGCUAGAAUCUUCAAUGGCGGAUGACAACACCGGCUCGAUGAACCUUGAUCUCAAUCUGGUACCUGCCGAUAGCAUUGGUGAUGGGAACGAGAACGUUGUUAACUUGCAGGAUUGGUUGCAUAAUCCAGCUCCUCCUAGAAGAGCCGGGGCAAUAAUUGCUCAGCCCAGGAAUCAGAGGCGGCAGCGGUCACUGUGGAGGCAAGUUCCCCUUCCUCCAGAAACUCUUAACCUUGCACUGCAGUUCCUUGGUGGCAAUGUACCCCCUACCUCUAUCCCUAUCCCUACCCCAACCCCAACCCCAACCCCAACCUCAACUCCAACUCCAACCCCUGCCGGUGAGGCUAGUGUUGCUGCUGAGGAGGAGGAGGAAGAAGUGGCAGCGGCAGAGACGGGGCUGAAGAUAUGUGAGAAAACCGCCAUUGCUUGUGUGGAAGAUGAUGCACAAGGCACUAAAAGAGAUGGUGGAAAAAACAAUGCCGACGACGGGAGCUUCUUCGACUGCAAUAUAUGCUUCGAUCUGGCCAGGGAUCCAGUCCUGACGUGUUGUGGGCAUCUGUUUUGCUGGUCGUGCAUCUACCGCUGGCUGCACCACCAUUCCGAAACCCGGGAAUGCCCAGUUUGUAAGGGGGAGGUUACGACGAGGAGCGUCACGCCAAUUUAUGGCCGUGGUGGUGCUGCUGCUCCCCCACCUGACCAGGAUGAUGAUACUGAUUCCAGCCUCAAUAUCCCCGAGAGACCCCAAGCUCGGAGGGUUGAGAGCUGGAGGGAGACCGUCCAGCGGGCUGCCGCCAGCAUGCCGAUGGAUGAGAUCAUAAGGCGCCUCGAACUGAGUUGGGUGCAGGCGCAAGCCCGCAAUAAUAAUAAUACUGCUGCUGCUGCUGCUGCCGGGGCUUCUCUUCCUGCUCCUGUUCCUCUCAGCCGGAUGCUGUCCUCCAGGGGGCAGCGGAGAGAACGGAUGAAUGUGAUUCCGGCGAUCGAUGCAGGGGAAGAGGAAGGAGUCAUCCACGAAGUGGGUAAUGCCCGGUGGCUUUCAUCGCUGCUGUUUGGGAGGUCGGAUUUGGAUGCCCCGAGCAUGGAGGCCGCGGGGAACGGGCGUGCGGUGUUGGGGGAUGCAUACUACGACAGCCAUCCCAUAAGAGCAGGAGGAGGAGGAAAUGAUGAUGGUGAUGAUGAUGAAGAUGAUGACGACGAUGGGGAUGAUGAUGAUAAUGGGGGUGGGGAAUCUUCGGUGGGAAUGGCGGAUGUGGAGUCCUCGCGGCUGCAGCCAAGGAGGAGGAGGAGGAGGCUGUGAACCCAACUGGACUGGACUGGACUGAACUCUGAAGAGCUGAGAGUGAGAGUAAGUGGUGGCGAGGAGGAUGUGUGGAACUUAGUCUUGUGUUUGUAUAAUAGUGGAAGAAGAAGAGCAGCAUUGUGUUGUUGUACUCUACUGGACUGUGGAAGUGGAAGUGGAAAGUGGGGCAGAUGGAUGAUUACAAAUAGUACUAUGGUUGUGACCCGACCCGACCCGCCUAGCCUUAAUUGACUUGUUUAGUUACAUUGGUCAUUUGAACUGCCUGACUGACUGGCUUGCUUAUUGGUUGCCAUACCUAUUACUACUACUACUACUAAUCAAUAAUCACUUCUGGGGUGUGGUUCCAGAAAAUUGGAUUUGAAGUUUUUAUUUACAUAGUGUUUAAUGGGAUAAUUUACAGGAGAAGUUUUUAUUUUUUA